AUGGAUGCCGCCGAGCCUCCCUUGGUAGCGGUGCGGUCAACUCUCGCAUUGCGACCCAAGCUAUCAACCAAGCGGCGCAAAGCACUGCAACUCAAAUCGAUACAGACCACAGCCGCCCAAGGCGCUGGAGCAAAAUAUGACAACACGACGCGGAAGGUGUCAGGAGGGAGCGUGUCGGACGCGAAGGAGACGACACCACCAAAGCCGUCGACCAGGGUGAUGCGCAAACCGUCCACUACUGGCCGACCGAUUGUACCCUUGACCGAGCAGAGGUCCGUCAGCAGAACACUGUCACUGGCAAGGCGAGAUGAAGAGAAAGACCGGUGGGAUGUUGCACCAGACGGCGCCUCGGCCGGCCGCGAAGGGCGCCAGUUCACUGUUGCCAACGUUGGGAACAAUGGCAAGCUGUUCUUGAGACCCUCCGUCCGCCGCGGAAACAAGAGGUAUCCCCAACCCAAUUUCACGUUUCCCAUAACCCCUCCCGGCACUGCUGGCUUAGAGGGCGUAUAUCCAGAGAAUAGCGAUGAACCCCUCAAAGCGCCGGCAAAUUUCCACGACAACCAAUUCACACCCACUCCCAGAACGUCCACCAUUCCCGCCAACUACAUCUCCGAUCCUAGCAAGGCUCCGUCAACGUCACAGCACCGUAGAGCCGUUUCCGACAGUACGGUUCGUGACUUCAACUCGCCGACGGCCACCGACACGGAGGGUUAUAGGAUUGUCAUCACCAAGCCAACGCAUGGCGACCAUCACCGGCCCAAGACGACUGACCAUCGGGACGAUCCGGACGCUGACGGCGUGCCGAUACUCAAUAUCAACAUCCCGUCAUGGAAGCUGGGGACACCGCGGUUCUCUACGAGGGGCACCCCGAUCUUCAGAGGCUCUUCUUACGCCCCAACAGACGACUUCCGCUCCAACAGCCGCGCAUCCAUGCACCAUUCGUCAGAGAGAAGCCUUGGCGUUCCGCUGCGAGGCUUGGGGUCUAGACGACCCAGCCAUUUGGCCAUACCACAACUUCGCUUUCCGCGGACCUCGCUUGCGUCUUCGCAGGCGUCAGCUCGCCCUCGGCGUGCCGUGCCCUCUGUCUACGCAUCACACCUUGUCAUUGAGCCGGACAUGUUUGAUGAUCUCACCUUUAAGCCGGCGUGCGACGAUAAACUGAUAGUGCGCUACUCGCCCAGCGGUUCCGUAACUGCGGCGACCCCUUCUCGACUGGUUGCCGAGAUCACGUCACCAAGCUUCUUGGACUACGAGCUCAUCUCGGAUUUCUUCCUGACUUACAGAGCCUUUCUUGAGCCUGAGAUACUCUUACGAAUGCUCAUGGCGAGGCUGCGCUGGGCCCUGGAACGCACCGACGAGGUUGGGAUGAUUGUCCGUGUUCGAACCUUUGUCGCCAUGCGACACUGGAUUCUCAACUACUUUGUCGAUGAUUUUGUCCUGGACUACGACCUCCGCGUUCUUUUCUGUGUCCUGCUCAACGACUUUGUCGACGAGCUGUCACAGGAUGCAAAGGAGCGUAGAGUUCAGCUCAAGAUCUUGACGGAGCUCAAGAAGUGCUGGCGACGUGUUUGUGCCCAUUACUGGGAUGGCCCCGAGUUUGACGAUGGGUUGGGGCCUCAGGCCCCGGUUGCGCCGGGUGGCAUCGCUGGAUACCGAGACCCUAACCUGGAUCCUACCUUUUGGGACCGGGAAGGGCUAGAUCCGCCACAGUGGCAAGCUGUAUCUGCCAUGCCCAACGUCUUGAGCGACGAGACGAACCCGAGUUCCGAUGUGCUUCCCACGUCGACCAACAUUGGACACUUUGCUCUGUCAGAGGACCGCCCAGGGACUCCCGAACACCAGAUGAUCACCAACACUGUGCUGGGCAACGGGCCUGCUUCACCUCUCAGCAUAGCAAGCAUGGACAUCGUGUCUUGUUCCUUUCCCAGCAAGAAUGUGAGGUCUCUGAAUCCCAACUCCAGCCAGCCCCUGGCAGCUCAUCCGGUGUAUUCCACAUCUCCCAUUCUGCCGCCGGGAGCGAUAGCAACGACUCCCAAGGCUCUUGCUGGCAAACGUGUUCGGCCGGCCCAAAGCCAUUCGCGCAACAACAGCGCCACCGACUCGCUCAGGGGCACCAGCUUUGAUCAAUCCCCUUCGCAAUACGUUGAUCUGCACAUGGUCCUGCAGUCCGCGGGAAAUCUUGUCCGGGGCAAUAUUCUACCGCCUGGCCAGCCCUUUGUCGAUAUCGAGGCCGAAACCCCUACUGGCGACCACAGACAGACCACCAUCUUCCAGCCCACCUCCCGCCACGGUACCAAGGACCGGAUCUUCGGAGUUGCCAUGUCGGGGUCUGGAAUGAAGAAGUUCUUGGGCGGCGUCCGACGCGCUUUGAACAGCCGGGGGCAGUGGUCCUCUGGUUCACACACGAGUUUGCCUGCCGUCGCCUCUUUGGCCUCUCAUACGAUCAGCAUGGAUCCACUGCCUGCGUCGGCAUUUAUAACACGGGGCGCCUACGCCCAGAGUGCUACCCGCCCAUUAGUGAGGAUCGAUGUGCUUGGAGCUGAAGUGGCCGAGGAUUUCAAGCGAGCCAUCCGCGAAGAGGAGGAAGCCGCCGAGGCAGAACGCUUGGGUCUCCCAAAACCAUCCCCAACGCCCUCUCGAACCAUUCCUCGACCUACGGAGUAUUCGGCAGCGCAUAUGGACUCUACUACGGCUGAUUACGCGCCUCAGGAGCGGAGGUCACGGCCUAUGAGCGACAUGGGCAUCACUACUGGGAGCCAGUCCAUUGUCAUUGUCGACGAUACCGCUCCUCUUGACAAGUCGAACAUGCGCGACAGACUCCCUGCUGCCACUUUCGACCCUUCUGUCGGCGGGCUAUCAGUCGGAUCCUUCUUGACGGCCGGUGGUGAUCCAACGCCCCCUACAACGCCGCCCGCGCGGCUCGCGGCUGGGACGCCGCGGAGGUCGUCCUCCAUUUUUGACCAGCUCGCCGCUCCGCCUUCGACUUCCCAAGAUGAGCCCUUGCCCACACUCGUGUCGGACAUGGUGGCCCUGGGAGAUGGCUCUUAUGGCAUAGGUCCAUCGGAUGAUGCUAGCCGAUACUCCUCUUCGACAUUGCGCCGCGGCAGUCUGCGCCAGCCAGUCCCAAAUCGCAGGACGCUGCGUAUACAACAGAGACACCAGUCGAUAAAUACCCGGCAAUCAAUCUACUCUUUUAGGCGUCGGGCCUCGUUUGGCAGUCGUCUAGAACGACACUCCACGGCUCGGAGUUUUGAUGCCACUACAGACUCUUCCAUGCUGGACGGAGAAUACGGGACUCCGGCUGCUGAGCCCCUUCGGAUGCUUCGAAGGCGCCCUGGAGGCUAUCUGAGAGACGCAGCGGGCCGCCUGAACAACCGGCCCAUGCUGCGGAAGUCUCACUCUGUUGCGUCCUUCACGACCUAUACCGAAUCCAUCCGAAGCUCUUACCUCCUUGGUACUCAUGCCGAGCAGGACGAUGAUGAUCGUAGUUAUGUUGGAGUAGUAGAAGACCGCCUUUCCCGCGACAGGCACAAGAUCUUUUCUCCUAUUAUGCGCCCAUCGUUUGAGAUCGAGGCCAGAAAGCUGGCGCAGAUACCCGAUGAGGAUGACGGUGGUAUCGAGUCGGCCUUGCUAAAGCUGGAGGGCAAAUAUCAACCAAAGCCAAAAUCGCUUGACCAGUUCAGACAGACUGCUAUGAUAGACGCGGACGAAUUUGGCACAACAGCUGGCGCCGCAGAUUCUUAUUCCAACGGAAUCAAAAGCCAAUGGAGUGAAGCAGGUAGCAUGGCUGAUGAUUAUCGCACUCAGCAGACCCGAGGCCCUUCCCCCCAGGAUAAAGGAAAGCAGCCGGUGUCUUCUGCAUACAGCCGGGACACCAUGAUUGCACGGACAGAGAUAACCAACCUCGAGACGCGUUCGUUCUUAACCGCUGACUCUGACGAAUCAUACUGCUCCAUACCUUUACUCGAACGGGGUCUUACGAAUGAUAGCCAGACUAGGGGAGUGGAUGCCCAGUCCUUUCUGGAAGAUGCCAGCGUCGGCGGCUCGGAUCUCUCCUCUGAGCUUUCCCCCUCCGAAGAUGAGAGCGUGCACAAUACCAGCGGAAGAGCGGCUGCUUUUUCGAUGUCAUCACAGCCACAUCCAUUCGGUGAUCCCCUCGGCACGCCCCGAUCAAACUCGUCGUCUGCUCCCAUGACGCUCGCUCAAGCACUGGCGAUGAGUCCGGUGAUGAUGAGUCCGGUGACGAUGAGCCCUGUGAUGUCAAAUCUCGAGAGGACUCUGCAUCCAGAUCAAAUAUGGUCUCAGAAGCCCCUUCCUCUCUCUCCGGAGAUAUUCCACGGCACUUCUCACAACCCUGAUCACGACCCUCCGCACAACACUGAAGCACCGGUGCAACAAGCAUCAGAAGAGGAGACUCCCAAGACGCUCAAGUACUCAGUUCAUCUGCCGUUUAUUCUAGCAUUCCCUUCUGACAUCCUGGCUCAGCAAUUCACGCUCAUUGAAAAGGAUGCUCUCAACGACAUAGACUGGAGGGAACUGAUUGAGAUGAAUUGGAGGAACGCCACCAGCAACGACUCUCGCUCGUGGGUUGACUUCUUGAGAAACACCAACGCCCAUGGAGUUGAAGUUGUCGUUGCACGGUUCAAUAUCAUGGUCAAGUGGGCCAUCUCGGAGAUUGUCCUCACUCAGCACAUUGAGGAGCGAGCGCGCUGUAUCAUCAAGCUCAUCCAUAUUGCGGCGCACUGUCGGCGGUAUCGCAACUUUGCAACCUUGGCACAGCUUACCAUUGCCUUGUCCAGUGCCGAAGUUGCCCGUCUUUCAAAGACGUGGGAGCUUGUUCCAGCUCGCGACCUGAACACGCUCGGCGAACUCGAGGCUCUUGUCACACCCACGCGCAACUUCUACAACCUCCGAGCCGAAAUGGAAGUUGGCUCAGACGGAGGCUGCAUUCCGUUUGUCGGCAUCUACACGCAUGACCUUCUUUUCAACGCGCAGCGCGCCUCGGAAAUUGCCAGCUCGCCGACCACCCCGCCCCUCAUCAACUUUGAACGAUGCCGCAUUGCGGCGUCUGUGAUCAAGACGCUGUUGAGACUGUUGGAGGCCAGCACGCGGUAUACUUUCCAACCAGUCGAGGGCAUAACGGAACGUUGUCUUUGGAUGGGCGCAUUGAGCGAUGAUGAGAUCCGACGACAUUCUGAGGCAUUGGAGUAG